AUGUUCUUCUUCAGCCCCACCACUAUUCUGGUGGGCGUGUUGUUGCUCUAUGUCUCGUCAUUUAUCCUGUUCGCCAUCGUGCGCAUCGCUACCGGCGUGUCCAUCCAGCGCAUCGGCUAUUUCUCCCUGAGACGCAUUGCGUAUGCCCCUCAAGACGGCGUGCAAAUCGACCUCCGCGGACUGGGCUUGUCCCUGCAUCGACCGUCGUUUUCGCAGCCGACAUGGAUCAGCCUGCGCCUCACCGAUCUCAAAGUGACGCUGGACCCGAAGUUGCUGAAGAAUGGGAAUAAUGGCAAAGGAGCUUUGUCACGCCCGGGUUCUGCGAACGGCACCCCCGCGCUUCCCCAAGAUGCCUCCUUUGGCGCUGCAACAACCAAGAGCCCGUCUCGCCGCAGCGAGACCUGGAAGAGACUGACAAGGCUGAAGGAGAGAAUAAAGCGAUUGCAUUCUUAUAUUCACUGGGUUGCCAUGAUCGAUGUGCACGCCAUCAACACCUCCGUGCACUUUGUGGAUGCAGGCCAUAUCCAGGUUGGCGCUCUGACAAUGGCUGUUGAUACCAGGCGAAAGAUGGUGGAGCGUGGCAGACUGUUCCGCCACAAGAAGCAACAAUCGCAGGAAUCACGUCCCGCUGAAUGGAUCUUGACCGUACGCAACAUCUUGUUGGCAGUCGAUGGCCGCGAACCGAUGGAACUCUUGGACAACCUCCAGCUGAACAUACACGGCCACUUAUACCGAGAUCUAGAAGGCCUGCGAGACACAUCUGUUGCCGUCAAGAUCGGCCGACUCCACGUUCCGUACGACGAUCUGAUGAUCCUUUCGCAACGGGUCCGAGAAGUCGAAAAGACCCAUCUCAAACCCGAAUCACCUACCGAGACCGACGACGAAAUAUCCUUUGCCGAUUUUGUAGAAGAGCUGGACAAGCCUGGUUCGAGAGAAGAUGUCAUUGUCCAAACGGUGGCCGAUUCCAAGGAAUUUGUCAGUUCCAUUCUCCGUGGCAUAGAAGAGAUUCAACUUGCUUUGAGUUUCUUCCGUGUAUCCAGAGGCGUUCCGAUUACUUUAGCUGGGGAAAAGGAGCUACAACUCAACCUUGUCACUCAUGAAAUUGGUAUCGACCUGCAUCGAAUGGACCCCAAAUCGCCAGCACAUCGAAUGUACUUUCAGAAACGUGAUGUGGCCCACCAGGCUUUACUCGCUGCCAUUUCAGUAUCCGUCAGUCUCGAGGAUUGCUCAGGUGCCACUGAUAGGCUUCUUUACAUCCCCAUGGCCACGACUACAAUAAAAACAACCUUUCCUUCAAAGACAGUCAGCUUUUCAGACGAGCAUGACGCUGAUGCACGGAACAGCAAUGUCCUUUUCGCCAACCUAGUCAUUACCUCACCUUCGCUUGAUAUGGAGACCCGCCAUGUCUCCCAAUUUUUUCGCCUAGCACAAGCAAAACCCUCAUCCCCUCGCCGAAAGAAGCGAGAUAACCAUCAUAUCAUUUCACGACUACUACCAAAGGCUAGCAUCAAACUCUCCGUUCAUGAACCUGUGGUGCGAUUUGUGCUUCCCAUUCCAGAGGAAGACGCAGUUGAUCCCGGUGAUUACAACCUUCUAAUAUCUUCCAUCUCCUCAAUAUCACUAGACAUUGAAUCGUCUCACUCUGCCGAGGCCGGAAUUGACUAUUCCUUGUCUUCCGUCUACCGAGUCUCUUCUCACCAACUCUAUUAUCAGACACCAGCUGGCGUAAAGCACAACCUUCUCCAAACGAAGAACAUGGAAGUGCGCGUUCAUCUUAACGCCACGCCAGAAGUUUGUGUCUUUGUGUCGGGCAGUUUGAAUUCAUUCUCCAUACACAUGGUAAACGCCGACGUUAACCGUGGAAUUAAACAAGUUGUGGAACAAUUCAAGGCCCAGCUGAAGCCAAGACGAGGGAUGCAAUCAACCACCUCAGAGCAAAAGGUGAGCUUUCUGCGCCGCCUUCCGCCUUGGCUCAUGCGGGUGCAAUUCGAAGCAAGCGAAUUGACCUUCGAAGUUUCUGGUCCUCCUCCUGGGUCAUCCAAAACGCCACGCGGAGUUGCUCUUCAGCUGGAAUCCUGGACAGCCGACUACCGUGCACAAAAACUAGAGCCUAUGAAAAUAAGCUCUAGACGACGGACGUCUAGUCAUUCGCAUCCUUCUAUCAGCGACGACCCUGCGUUCCGAUUCCCCCCUACUUCUCCUCCCCGAAGGUCUGCCAACGGACAUGCAGAUGGUAGAAGGCUCGCAGUCCACUUUAGAGGACUGGAAGGCUUCGUGAUCGAGGCUGAAGAUUACAUGGAACCUGAGUCUUUCCUUUCCCUACCGCGCUGUGAAGUUGCUUUUAGCAGCCAGAGUGACCUUCAGGGUCCCAUCUUCCACAUCAAUUCCUCUAUGAAGGCUUUAUACUUGGAGUUCUCAUUAUAUAGAACUUACUCUCUAGGAGUCGCCGGGAAUGUUCUCCACGAAACAUUUAUGCGAAGUUCAGCUGAGAAAGCGUCGAAGGACUAUCAAUUCAAGGCAUUCUCGAAAACCUCACUGCCGGCUCCAGUUCCGCCGUCACAACGUGCCGAGCUGACAACCAUUGAUCUCCGGGUUGGUCUCGUGCAAGUCAAGGCCAUCAUGCCAGAUGAUCCCCGACUGAUGCUUCAAGUCUAUGGCCUUGCUGCAGGCAGUCACCGCUGGUCGGCUCCUUUCUUUAGAUGUCAAUUAGCUCGAUUACACGUUGCUGCCCCCAGGAUGAAGGGUGUUUGGGCCAGGUUCAUUUCGAUGACCACGAUGAGGGUUGAUCUACGAGAAAACAGGAAAAUGCAUGGCCGCGAAUUCAGAAUCGAGCGUUCUAUCGACGUAUCAGCAGAUUUUAUCCGACUAGGCGUUCCCCAUCACUUGAUCGUGCACCGGGUGUUUAACAAUUUUACAAACACCUUGAAGGCUCUAAAAGCCUUGCGACACCGCUACAAAACCGAUUCUGAUGAGGACAUCCUCCAUAAAGACCCAGAGGGACCCAAGAUUGUACCUCGCAUAUCUCUGCGUAGCAAAGCUCUUGCUUUCCAGCUUGAAGAUGACGCUUUCGAAUGGAGACUUGGAUGCAUUUACCGAGCAGGCCUUGUUGAGCAGAGACAUCGUCUCGCGCGAGAGGAAGCCUUCCGAUUGAAAGCCCAAAAGGUCAAAGACGCAGACAACAGAAGAAAUUCUUCCCGUUAUCGCGCACAUUCGGCUCACCCAGAUUCGCACCUUGGACGAAGAAGUGAUGACAGGAGGCGAAGUGCAAGCGUUGGCCCCAGAGAAUCUCGACGGUCUUUCGACAACAAAGCAAGGUAUGGGCGAGUCCGUUACGACACAGACGGCGCUGCAAGCAUAUCAUCUACAGCUAAGAUAUCGGAGAAAGAGGCAUUGCGUCGACUGCAGGAAUACAAUUCUCGUAAUUGGAAGACGAAAAUUGAUGCAGCAAUGCAAUUCCAAGCCAAAUCUAUUAGCAAUCUGCGCAAUGCCUUCGCUGGAGUUGAUCAACCGCCUGAUGAUGUCGAGGAUGACGAGCCGAUCCUUGCCAUACCAAAUCGACCGUCGUUGAUGUCCACAUUGAUCAGUGAUUUGCACCUGAUCAUUGACAAACCUUCCUUCCCAGUCACCGAAUAUGCUAGCUUUCUACACAAGAUUGGAAAGGGUAUGCCAGUGGACAUGCAAUACUCUCUUCUUAUUCCUAUGAAUAUUCAUUUAGAUAUGGGAGAAGCCAGGGUCACUCUCCGUGACUAUCCACUCGAUCUUCUCCAUAUCCCUGCUCUUCGUCCAGGUCAAUCCCCUCGACUGCCAAGCUGGUCCUUGAAGACAGACUUUGUGAUUGCUGAAGAAUAUCGAAACUUCGAAUCCACCCGAGAUGUAAGAGUUUGUAUCGUUCCUCCCGCCAAGUCCCCGGAUGGAGAUGUAACGGAGGGAGUCUAUGUCAACAUUCGACGAACUGUUGCACCAGUCAAAACAUACUCGGAGCCUCGUUUUGAAAUCAAUACUAGUCUUCCAACGAGUUUUACUUGGUGUAUGUCGUAUCAACCUGUCAUACAGGACAUGAUGAAGAUCAUAGAAGGGUUCACUAAGCCUGAAGUGGACUUAUCUGAGCGGGUUGGUUUCUGGGAUAAGAUCAGACUCAGCUUCCACUCCAGGAUCAGGGUUUGGUGGAAGGGGGACGGUGAUGUCCAUUUGCGUCUAAAGGGAUCCCGCGAUCCAUAUAUAAUCACAGGAUUUGGAGCUGGCUUCGUCAUGUGUUGGCGCAAGGACGUGCAAUGGGACAUCCACCCCAACGAUGACCCUAAAGAGUUCAUGACUGUCGCUAGUGGAGAAUAUGUCCUCGCUGUACCGGAUUACAGCCACGAGGCACGGUAUUCAUACGAAUAUGCUAUGGAUGACUCAAAGUCACAGGCUUCCAUUCAAUCCUCCAAGAACGCUGCACACUUCAAAAAGGUCUUGAUGAAACUGUCAGGUAAUGUGAAGUGGCUCGCCGGGUUAGUGUUUGAACGCAACGUGGACCAAGGCCGGUGUUUCGAUUUCAAGCCUCACUAUGAUGUGGUCCUCCGCAAUCCCCUAUAUAUAGAUGGAUCUAUGAAAAAGGAUUAUGAUGCAUUCCGUGGAUUCCGAAGCAACCACAUUCACCUUUCGGUUUCGGUUAUGGCUCCGUCAACCCCAGAUCAAAUAACGCCAAACUACAAUACUGUCCAUCUUACGCCCCGUAUCUUUACUCACUUCUUCUAUUGGUGGUCGCUUUUCACUGGCGUCAUGUCCCUUCCUGUGCGACAAGGGCCCUUGUGGCCAGGCGUUACCAAAACAAGCAAAAAGUUUGGUCGACAUCUUGCCACGGUCAAGUACAAGCUUAUUUUGUCUCCUUUGUUUGUCUCACACAUUUACAAGCACAAAGAGCCAGAGGACUACGGCGAAGAUGUGGUGGCUGCAACAGGUCUCAAGGUCCGCCUCGCCAACUUCAAAUUCGAUCUGCAUCAGAGGCGAGAGCAAGUCACCACUCCGAUACGAGGUCGUCUCAAACAGCUAAAGUCAAGCGCUAUGCGAAUCAACCGCGCGGAACUGGACUUUGAAGCCGCCGACUUUAGAGCUGUUUCUGCCAGCAUUGAAGGGACUACUAUGGAGGAUGUUGAAGCCAGGCCAGAAGAGAUUGUAUCAUCCUUGCAACAGCCUACUGCCGCUGUGGACCUGUCUCGCUUCACGAUUCCCGACCAAGAUCUAAGCUGGAUUGACAUGGAUGACUUUGUCGAACUCGACUGGAUCCUUCCCCAGGAAUCCACGCCCAAGACACAAAUAUUACCUCUUGCGUACACCCCUCGUUUCACGUACUUUCGACAAACGGAUCAUAACAGCACGUCGUUAGCUAAGACUGGAUUCAGUGCAUUUGGUGACGAACCAACCCAUGAGUGUGUCAUGUCUCAGGGUAACGAUCCGCGACGAGUGCAGAUGGAUCUCAUCAAGGGCCGUAUAGCCAACCUGCAAAUACAGUCUGAAAACCAUGAACUUCAACUCAACGAGCACGAGCUCCAGCUUGUCCAGGAAGGCGGCGAGAAUCACGACCUCAAAGUGAAGCAUGAGUUGCUCGUUCGGCAGGCAGAGUCUCUGGCAAGACGACGCAAGUUUCUAACUGCUGGACUUCGUCACCUUGAGAAACUCAUAUUUGGCGAAGAAAACGACAACGACGCGACCAGUAGCGAAGCUCAAGAAAGUGAUUGGUCGUCACGAACCGGAGAAAACUUGGAGUCCAACAGUGACGGUGGCGAGUCCGUAAUAGACGGUAACUACGAGCCGCCGGAUGUUGAGCUGGCGACCGAUUUCAAUAACCGUUUCACUAUUCACAAUCCUCAAGUCAAGUGGAACAACUCCCUACGAGACAUCAUGGUGCGCUAUGGCCAUCAAGUCAGUCAGAGACGAGGUUUUGUGUAUUACAUGUCGCGCCAGGCCGUAAAAUUCAUUACCGACAUCGUUGACGAGCAGAACAAGAACAAACGCAAGCGGAAAGGAUUUUUCAAUCGCUCCCCCGAUCGUGAAGAUAGUCAGGAGCGGAAAGACGACGACAGCGUAGAGGAACGCAUCGAGCAGCUGUUACAUGAUGCCAAGAGGUUCGUGAACGCAGAUGACCCUUCGACAACCUCCCCGAAUGAACGGGCACACCCCAAAUCGGGCGACUUUAGCGACAAUAUAUCGCCGGAAUUCACGCCGCAGAACAGCUAUCACCUGCAUCUGAUUGCUCCUCAGAUACAGCUGCAAAGCGACAAGAAUCCACGAUCUGUCACGCUGGUUGCUGCUAAGGGAAUGGCGUUGAAGGUGGUAUCAAUCAUGGACAAGCGUCGGGUCAGUGAUGACGUUAGCGGGCUGGUCCAGCGUCGUUUCUCCGUGCACAUGGAUGGCGCUCAGUUUUUCGUUGCAACACAGAAGAAUCUCAAGGCACACUUGCAGUUCUAUGCUGGAAACAAAUAUGGAAAUGCGCCGGGCUCGGCUUGGCCACCGUGGCUGACCUUGGAAGCCAUGUUUGACUUUGAGCUCAAUCCGUUCGGUUUCUCGCGGAUUAUCCAGAGGACUUCGGCUUCUCUUCGGUACGAUAAGUUCAAUAACCUUCGUCUGAAAUACAACGAUGAAGUGGCCAAAGGGGAGGGAGAUUCUACGCUUCAUCAUGACUAUGGCGAGGGCCGUGUGGACCAGGUCUGGGUGGACUUCCCUGAUGUGCGAGCAAUUUGCGACUCGAACGAAUACUAUACCAUGUACAUUAUCGUUUUGGACUUGCUGCUCUAUAAUGAACCGCUGGAGAAGGUCAGGAGCGAGAAGCUGGAGAAGAUCAUGUUUGCCUCUGAUUUCAGCGAUCUCCGAGGCGCGCCAGAGAUGGUCUAUAAGCUACAGGAGCGUAUUCGCCAGCUGGAGGAAAUUAGAGACUAUUUCCAAAUCCAGGCUCAACACUUGGAUGUCCAAGGCUGGCAGGAUCGCAUCACUCUCGAGAAAGAUUUGGUCAGCUGCGAAGACGAAUUGUUCUUCAUCAUGAAAGCCAUCACAACCUCACAGAGACGAACUGAUGAGCGAGCCUUAUCGCAAGCCAGUGCCUCGCUGCGCUACUGCCUAUCGGCUUCAGAUAUUGUCUGGCACCUUAUGCGUGAUAAGAAUGAACCGCUGGUGGAAUUUCAAUUACGCAACGCAUCGUAUGAACGGACAGACCACACAGACGGGUCAAAUCAUAACAUGAUCGAAAUCGAGCGUUUGUACGCUCUGAAUCUGCUAGAGAAUGCUCUCUACCCUCAGAUGAUUGUCCCUUACAUGGACCAUAAAAGCCGAAUCGAGAGCGGAGAUAUGAUGCUUCGCGUGCAGUGGUACAUGUUAGAAGCCGUGGCUGGUAUCCCGGUCCUGGACCAAUUCGAAGUGAAUCUCUUCCCGCUCAAGGUGCAAUUGGAACGGGAGUUAGGCAAGAAGCUCUUUGAAUACAUCUUCCCCGGUAUGGGAUCCAACGCCUUUGAAGGCAGCGGCGGAUUCUCCCCUUUUAUGGUCAAACAUAUCAUACCUGUAGACGAGGAAGAUGAGGAAGAAGAUAACGCCGGCGACGGGGAACUCACACCUGACUUUGUGUCAACGCCCCGUAGCCAGGCUAGCUCUUUAGCAGGAGACGAUUCACAGGCCCCGGCAGGCCCCGGUUCAAUCGAACUUAGGCUACAGCCGACUUUGAGUCUACCGGACAAUCGCAAGGGACAGCAACAUGGGAAUCAAUUACGGCCCAGCCGGUUCCGAGUCGCGCCGAUGACACGGAUAACCAAGGAUAACAAUCGUCUGUCACCAGGCGACCGACCUGGGUUACCUCUCCGUUCGCCAACCCAGAUUGGUGGUCUCUCGAAGAAAAAGUCCGCGGAAAGUAUUCGAGCAUUGACAAGAUCCUCCACCGAAAAGGCGGCCAGUAUCAUGUCUAGUAAUUCGACGACAGUGGGCGAACCAAAGAAAUUCUCACUCCGAGGUGCGAAGAAAGAACAGACAGACGACAUUACGCAGAUGAUGUCCCGAGCGUCCAACUACAUGAUCCUUGCCAAUGUCAAGAUCAACGACGUCGUUCUUUGCCUGAGCUACAAGGGGCGAGGAGAGCGCAACAUUGAGGACGUGCACGAUUUCGUCUUCCGUCUGCCUGUGCUGGAGUACCGGAACAAGACAUGGUCGAACCUGGAACUUGCUCUCCGUCUGAAAAAGGACGUUAUCAAAGCGUUAAUCUCCCAUGCGCCAGCCAUUCUCGGCAACAAGUUCUCUCACCCACGGCCAACUAAGCAGCAGCAGCAACGGCUGCGAGAGCUAGCAACCUCGUCCCAAAUUAUCCUCCCGUCGUCCGAUGCAUCGUCUGCCUUGGGAAUUUCCUCGCCUCGAAAUAUAGCCAGUCGCAGCUCCCAUGCCGAAACCUCUGGAUCGUCGUCUCUACACCAGUCGGUCAGUGGCUCUGACACGUAUCCACUGGGCCAGACAGCUUCGUAUUCGUCGAGCCAUGUCAGUUCCAGAGAGCCGAGUAUCAUGAUCUCGGAGCCUCCGACGGCUGAUGCAGAGCAGGAGGAAGAACCCUCUAAACGACGAAGCUUUACGUCUGAGCGCCCUCCUACUUCUCGCAGCAGCAUCGGCGGCAAUUCUCAUGAAGAGAGUUCCAAGAGAAGUAUUCGCAAUCUAGGACGCAAGCUAUUAUAUCGACACAGUGUGAACACAAACGAAUAA